GAUUUCAGUAACCAAACAGCAACAACUAACAAGGUUAUGACCAGGUACGUAUUCAUCUGUGAAGAUCAGAAACCAAACAGCAACAACUAACAAGGUUAUGACUAGGUAAUUAUCUGUAAAGAUCAGGAACCAAACAGCAACAACUAACAAGGUUAUGACUAGGUAAUUAUCUGUAUAGAUCAGGAACCAAACAGCAACAACUAACAAGGUUAUGACUAGGUAAUUAUCUGUAUAGAUCAGGAACCAAACAGCAACAACUAACAAGGUUAUGACUAGGUAAUUAUCUGUAUAGAUCAGGAACCAAACAGCAACAACUAACAAGGUUAUGACUAGGUAAUUAUCUGUAUAGAUCAGGAACCAAACAGCAACAACUAACAAGGUUAUGACUAGGUAAUUAUCUGUAUAGAUCAGGAACCAAACAGCAACAACUAACAAGGUUAUGACUAGGUAAUUAUCUGUAUAGAUCAGGAACCAAACAGCAACAACUAACAAGGUUAUGACCAGGUAAUCAGCUGUAUGGAUCAGGAACCAAACGGCAACAACUAACAAGGUUAUGACUAGGUAAUUAUCUGUAUAGAUCAGGAACCAAACAGCAACAACUAACAAGGUUAUGACUAGGUAAUUAUCUGUAUAGAUCAGGAACCAAACAGCAACAACUAACAAGGUUAUGACUAGGUAAUUAUCUGUAUAGAUCAGGAACCAAACAGCAACAACUAACAAGGUUAUGACUAGGUAAUUAUCUGUAUAGAUCAGGAACCAAACAGCAACAACUAACAAGGUUAUGACUAGGUAAUUAUCUGUAUAGAUCAGGAACCAAACAGCAACAACUAACAAGGUUAUGACUAGGUAAUUAUCUGUAUAGAUCAGGAACCAAACAGCAACAACUAACAAGGUUAUGACCAGAAAAAAUUUGUCGGAAAUUGUGAUUUUUGAUGCAGGGCUUCAAAAUGUUUUGACAAAGUGUUAUACUACAGAUCCUGGGAAAUAUGGUUGGUGUGGACUAACCAUAAAAGAUAAAACAACUCACAAAAACAAGGAUAUGGAUAUCAAAUAUGAUAACGGAUGGGGACAUUGUUCGGAUACAUGCCUGGAUAAAGAAAAAAUAUCAAAUGCAGGCAAAGCUCGGAUUAAGCCUGUCAAGAUCAUGGAUCAAACUUAUUGUGAUCAAGAGCUGAUGAGAAUGAUCAGAGGAAACAAUUCCUUCACUGUUAAACCCUUGGUAUACUGUGUUGCUCAUAACGAAACCUAUAAAACUGGAUUUUAUGAAAAGCUUGAGAAUGGAACUUAUAAAGAACUGGAGUCUAAGGCAGAAUAUCACUUAAAAUUAAACAGAUCCUUCCCCUGGUAUAUCAGAGCUACAGGGAGCUGUAGAGGGGAUUCUGGCGGUCCACUCUAUGAACAGAGAGGGAAUGAAUAUAUUCUACUUGGAACUGCAAGUAGGGGUGCUGGUAGUUUAGAAACAUGUGGAGGCAUUGAUAAUCCUACUCAUUAUGUCAGGAUGAAAGACAUGCUACCAUGGAUAACUGAGUAUGUUUCAAAAGAUGAACUAUGUAUUGUAAAUUAGAAAACAUCCAAAUUAAUAAAAUGUAAAACAUUU